AGGAUGAGAAGAAGGAGAAGGAUGAGAAGAAGGACACGGUUGAAACACUGCUGUAUGGAGUGAUUGUCCCAGAACUGUCAGAAAUAGUCUAUUUCUGACAGUUCUGGGACAUUCACUCCAUACAGCUGUUUCAACCGCUGUAUGGAGGGAAUGUCAUGGAACUGUCAGAAAUAGACUCAUUUAAUGACAGUUCUGGGACUGUCCUUACCAUACAGCGGUUGAAACAUUGUAUGUAUUUUGUUUCUAUAAAUGGAUCCAUUUAUGGAAACAAAUACAUACAAUGUUUCAACCGCUGUUUGGAAGGACAGUCCCAG